UUACAUAGCAAUCGUUUGUUUGCCUUAGCAGCAGUUAGUGCUAUGAGAGUAGUGUUUUCGAUAACAAUAAUCCAAACUGUGUAUGACAAAUGAGUCUACUUUUAUGUAUAAAAUAUGACCAGUUGUUGCAUACUAGAUCGUACACUUUAUUUUCUGAGACGUGUCUGGAGCAGAAUAUCACGUCGGAAGAAACCGAAAACGUCUAUAGUGAUAUUGGUGGCUGGUCUUGAUAACUCUGGGAAAAGUGCCAUAGUUAAUUAUCUUUUCAACAAAAGCCUAAUAACCAAAGAAAAUGUUGUUCCAACUAUUGGAUUUCGUACAGUUAUCUUCAACUACAAGUCAUGUUCUAUUCGAUUGUACGACGUAGGAGGUGGACCUCAAAUUCGUGCACUUUGGCCAAAAUAUUAUGAUGAUGUGCAUGGUGUCAUAUACGUAGUUGAUAGCAAUGACACAGAGCGGUUACUGGAAAGCGCAGAGAUUUUUCGGGAACUUGUUUGCCAUGAACUGAUUUCUCAAAAGCCCGUUCUUUUUUUAGGUAAUAAACAAGAUUUAAACGGCUGUUCAGACGAGCUUGAACUUAUUCAACACAUGAACAUUGAACAUAUCGUUAACUUUGUUAAAUGUUACACCAGAGUUGAAAUUUGUUCGUGUUAUCCAGAUAAAAGAAGACGAAAAUACAAUUUAAAUGACAAUAUCAAUGUAGGAUUCAGGUGGUUGAUAGAAACAAUAUGUAAGCAUUACGACGAAAUUAGGGAAGUGAUGUAUGAACAAAGUACAAGGAGAAAGAAACGUCGACGGUCCUUCAGCUUAAAGUCGUGGACAGCUUCAAAAAUUGAUAAUCCUUACAGUUAUUCCGAUACUGAUUCUGAAACGUACAUGAAACCAAUAAUUCCCAAAGAUCUUACUCCUAAAAAACGAAAAAGGAAAAAAUCUUCGAAAAGCAUUUUCUCAAUCAGGAAUAACAAAACUGCACCCAUGUCCAUUGAUGAUUCAUCUCAUAAAACACCGACAGCUGAAACCAUGAGAGAGCUGAUUGGAGGUAUUGGAAGCGGAGACGUUACAAGGAGUAAUGUGGUCGAAGCAAACGCUGAAAGUGAAAAUCGACGACCAUGGCGCUACUGGAAAAAAAGGCCUAAUACCGCUCCAGCUGAAAUGAAGCCUUUUGCGACAAAGUCAACUCUUGACGGUGAAAAGCCAACAAGCAAAACCACCAACCAAGAAAUUGCAUGAACGUGUGAACAAUCCACACGUUUACGCAAAAAAAAAACGCGAAACUUAAUUAUACGUUUAUAUAAUUGUAAAUAAACAUUUUGUACUUUUUUUCUAUUUAUAUCAUACAUGGUUAUCCAUUUUUUCAUUGGAUGCACCAAGCAGACAACUUAUAAGACAGU